AUUUGACGCUUGUCAAAUUGUCUUCCAAAAUCUCUUAACAAAAAUAUCAAAUUGGAGCACCAUGUGACAAUGCCCAAGACCACCGUAUAAUUUUUCGCCCCGCUGGAAAAGCCCAUAGCAACUACCGUGUUGACAAUAUUGCAGAGUCUUGUCUUCAUUCAUCAAUCAUCAAGAAACAUAUCCCAGUAUUCUCUAGUAACUGGUAAGGCCUCUUGAAGGAGAAGUUGUUCCCCCGAUUGUCUCAAUUCUUCUCUUUCACUUCUUCUUUUUGUUGUCUAUUGAAGAUUGUUUUCAUACAUGCUUGUUUUCUCUUGGGCGAGUUGUGGUUGUGGCCCAAUUAAGAGAAGAUCAUGGCAGACAUGGUUCUUACAGCAGUCCUCAAGAAACUUGUUGAUAUUGCUGGUAAUCUAAUAGUUGAAGAAGGUUCUCGCUUGUCUCGGCUGAAAACAGACAUCCUUUGGAUCGAAAAUGAGAUGAGCCAUAUUCGAUCCUACUUGAAAGAUGUUGAUACCAAACAAUGGGGCAGCAGUGGCGCAAUCAACUUCUUAGGAGAUAUUUGGGAUCUUGCUUAUGAUAUGGAGAACAUCAUUGACACAUACUUUCCAAAACUAGCAUCAUCAAGUGGAAGGAAUGACUGGAAGAGGCACCUUGGUUGGUUUAAGAGUGUCAAGUGCAUCCGCAACUUUGCUGUGGAGAUUGAAGGGAUUAAAAGAAGGGUUGAGAACAUCAAUCGAGUCAGACAAACUUAUGGAAUCAAAGAAAGAGGUGGUGGCCGUGACGCAGAAGAUGGAUGCGAUCCAAGACAGUCUUUCCCCCAUAUUGAUGAAGAAAAUAUUAUUGGUUUCGAUGAACACAUUCAAAACUUGGUGGCCAAAGUGACUGAUGAUCAAGAUUUACACUGUCGUGUGGUAUCUAUUACUGGCAUGGCCGGUUUGGGAAAAACUACUCUUGCCAAGAAAGUUUAUAAAUCUGUUCAACAAAGUUUCCAGUGUUCGGCUUGGAUUUAUGUUUCUCAGCAACCAAACAUAAAAGAGCUCUUACGAGACAUAGGAAGACAAGUUGGCUUGGAGGAGAACAAGUGCAAGCACAACGUGGAGGCCAAUUUGUUCGAAUUUUUAAGCCAAAAAAGGUACGUGAUUGUAAUUGAUGAUAUAUGGGACAUUGUACCAUGGAAUGGUUUAAAGAAUGGUAUUCCAACCAAUUCUGAGAAGGGUAGUAGAAUAAUAAUCACUUCUAGGAAAAAAAAUGUAGAUGUUAAUAAAGGAGGAGGUGGGCAAAAAUUUCUACAUGAGUUGCAACCCUUAGACCAAGAAAAUAGUAGAACCCUCUUCUUCAAUAUUGUUAUGGCUGCCUCACAUAACAGUGGUGAAAGUAGUUGUCCCUCACAAUUAAAGAAAAUUGGUGAGCAAAUAUUAGAAAGAUGUUGUGGUGUGCCACUUGCAAUAGUGGUGACAGCGGGUCUAUUGUUGUCGAGAGAGAGAACACAACUCGCAUGGAAAGAGGUAUUAGAGAGCAUGGGCCAAGAUGAAGACCAAUACUCAUCUAUCUUUGCACUCAGUUAUAAAGAUUUGCCUUCAAAGUUUAAACCAUGCUUUCUAUACUUGGGACUUUUUCCAGAGGACCAUGAAAUUUCCACAUUCGAAUUAAUUAAUUUAUGGGCAGCUGAGGGAUUUAUACAAGGCAGUGAAUUGAGAGAGGUUGAAGAUGUCGGGUAUGAUUACCUAAAUCACUUGAUAGGUAGGAAUCUUAUUCAAGUUGUUCGAAGAAGGUUCAAUGGAAGGGCUAGAAGUUGUCGCAUUCAUGAUAUAUUGCACAAUCUUUGCAUUCGAGUGGCCAGUGAGAUUAAUUUCUUUAGCACUCACAAUCAUGUAACCAGCCAUAAUUCUGCUUUGGGAAUACGCAGAAUGACUAUCCAUGGUAUUAAUUUUGCUGACUACAUAUCUUUAAAUCAUCAAGCUCCCAAGCUUCGUGCUAUGUUGUAUUUCGGUGAAGGCAUGUAUAAUCUUAGAAGGAAUCGAUAUAAGGAUUUUCUUAGCCGGUUCAAAUUUCUUCAUGUGCUAAGUGUUAGGUAUUACUAUCUUCCAACUUCUUUUCCCAAUGAAAUUAGCAAUUUGAACCACUUGAGUUACCUUAAAUUGGCAGCCGCUGUUGCAGAAAUUCCUUACACCAUAUGCAACUUAAAAAGUCUGAUGACCUUGGAUCUUAGUGGAUGUGACGUAGUCAUCAUUCCUAAUCUUAUUUGGAAAAUGCAACAAUUACGACAUAUCCUCUUGCCCGAUUACUGUAAUUAUAUUUGCAAGGCUCCCUCAUUUCGGGAGGUUUCUGUACCAAAUCUCCAAACCCUACAAGGGAUGUCUACUUCUCUUUUCGAGGCCCAAUACUUGCCCCAAUACUUGCGCAAACUUAACAAUUUGAGAGAAUUGGUAGUUGCUCAUUCAACCGAGAGUAUCAUUGAGGUAUUAUCGGGUGCAACCCCUGUAUCACAUGGGCUAGAGAAAUUGAGCUUAUUGGAUCCUUGGUCUUUGGAGUUGAGUCUGAAAGUAACUUCCAGAACAUUCAAUCUAUCUCGAUAUGAAAAUCUGUCUAAGUUGAGUCUGAAAGUACGAGUGGAGUGUCUUCAACAUGACAAAUUUCCCCCAAACCUCACCAUGCUUACCCUUAAGUACACUUAUUUGAAGGAGGACCCGAUGGACACUCUGAAGAAACUCCCGAAACUAAAGAUCCUCAAAUUGUGCUGCAAAUCAUAUAAUGGGGGGGAGAUGGUUUGCUCUGGAGAACCUGGUAACUUCCCUGAACUUGAAGUAUUGCGAAUUGAAGACAUGAGAAAUCUGUGGCAGUUCAUAGUUGAAGAAGGAGGAAUGCCAAAACUCAAAGACUUCUCCUUCAUUGAUUGCAAUCCAAAAACAAGGAUUCCAAAUAGAAUCAAAAGCAUAUUGAUGAUUUACCGAUUAAAAGACAUCAGAAUUUCUUGAAGAAGGGUGCUGGGUUGAAGAUGAGGAAGAGGGAAUUUCAAAGCCAUUACUUCAUUCUGAAGGUCGUACAGAAAAAUGAAGUGGCACAUUAAUGCAUGUUAGACUUGAGGAAGGCUACCAAAGCCGCCAUUCUUGACAAUAGUACCAAGGACGCCGAGUUAAAAGAACUGAGGACGUAGCUAGCCGAGAAGCACUGAGCAGGACCAGCUAGCCAAGUGAGUUCGUCUGACUGUAACAUCGUUCGGGGAGUACCUGAAUGCAUUAAACAGUUUGAACACUCGAUCUCUUGAUCUAGUCUCACGAGUGCAAUGUGAAGCAUUGAUGAGAGUCUAGAUUUGACAACUUUAUAGAAAAUCCAUUUUAUUGCAGAAACCACUACAUUACCAAAUUUCAAAGUCGCCACCUAAUAUUUUGAAAAAAUUAAGAAACUUGUGACUCGUGCUAAGGCCAUUGUUCAUCGUAACUAAAGAUACUUGGCUCAGAACCUUAGGUAUGAGAGGGGCAAGUCUUUAAAUGAGCACCCCCACUCACCUAAUCAAAGAUUAGCCUCUACUAAACCAUGAUAUGAGUUUUAUAUCCUUUAUAUGUUCAUAUUCUGAUUUAUUUAAUAGAUCAUAAAAAUUACUGUAUGAAGCAAUCAAGUAUAGACUAUGUCAUUCAUUUUGGAAUAAUUUGAUUUCAUGUAUUUUGAAAGAGUUUUGAAGAU